AGUAAAUUUAUAAGGCGCUUUGGCAUUGUCAAAAAUCUACGUCCAACUCUCAUGGAUUACUUCAAAUUGCGGAGAAAUUUUUAGUUUUACGCAAUAAAAACACCCACAUUCCUCCAGCAGGAUGGCUGGAUCAGCCCUGAGGCGCCUCAUGGCAGAAUACAAACAAUUAACCCUCAAUCCGCCGGAAGGAAUCGUCGCAGGCCCCAUCAGUGAGGAUAACUUCUUUGAGUGGGAAGCUUUGAUAACGGGACCGGAAGGAACCUGCUUCGAGGGCGGAGUUUUCCCUGCCAAGCUCAUCUUCCCGCCGGACUAUCCGCUGAGUCCGCCCAAGAUGAAGUUCACCUGUGAAAUGUUCCAUCCCAACAUCUUCGCGGACGGUAGGGUGUGUAUCUCGAUCCUGCAUGCUCCAGGAGAUGAUCCCAUGGGCUAUGAGCUGUCAGCCGAGCGAUGGAGUCCGGUGCAGAGCGUGGAGAAGAUACUCUUGAGCGUAGUCUCAAUGUUAGCAGAGCCAAACGAUGAGUCCGGCGCCAAUGUGGACGCAGCAAUCAUGUGGCGGGAGAAUCGCGAGGAGUUCAACAAUAUUGCCACAAAAAUUGUGCGGAAAACUCUUGGAUUGCCUUCAUAAAUUAUCCUUCAUUCCCAGAUUUUGACCGUUGAUCCUCAUUUCUUGUCCAUUCGUUGGAAAUCCUUAGUUGUCUCAUUGUCUUUUACACCCAAAUCCUCCACACUGCUUUCCUCCUAGUUUUCCCGAGAGAUUAACUCGUAAAAGAUGCGCUAAAAAUGAUUAAAAUAGCGCAAAGAGUAAAUUAAUAUCGAGAGUAAUAUUUAUUUGUUGCACAAUCAACUUCCAACACUUUUAUAGUUUAAAUUCUUAACUGAUAGAGAGAAGAAAAGUGCGAAAACACAUGUAAUGUUAGAGAAAUGAUAAAGUCACAAUAAUGCGUCGGAAAAAUUGUCUGAAAAUACAAAAGAUAACUUUAGGAAAUGGAAGUGAAAGAAAGUGGAGAAGACAUGAAUUAAGGUAAAUAAAAAGAUUUAUUAAAUAUACCGAGAA